AAGCGCAGUUGUUGGAGAAGAACUCCCGACGACAGCGAAAAAGCAUGACUUGGUGCCAAGAAAGGAAGUACCGGCUCACAGCGUCUAACUUUGGCACUGCACUUUUGCGGAGACAAUGGACAGAUAAAGGUCUCAGUAACCUAACGUCAUCAAAGGACCUAUCCAGGGUCCCUGCUGUCAGGUACGGCAUUGGCAACGAGGCAAGGGCAUUACAGCGGUAUGAAGAAGCCUUGAGAAACACGGGCCGGGAUGUUCAGCUUCAGAGUGCCGGGCUGUUUGUUAACCCUGAGUAUCCGUGGCUUGGUGCAUCACCAGAUGCCAUUGUCUAUGAUCCAUCCGAAGAUCAACCAUGGGGGUGUGUCGAAGUCAAGUGCCCGUACAGCUUGAAGGAUUUUGACUCUGAGAAACUUAUGACCGCGAAGGACAUUUGUGUAAAUUGA